UUUUCGUUUUGGACUGUACUGACUGAUGUUUGCCCAACGCUUCCUCCGCACGGCCGGCGCCCGCGCCUUCUCGUCGGCGCCCAAGCCCACGUCGAUCAACGGCAAGGGCUCGCUCGACGCCAUCUACGCGGCCUUCAUGAAGAACAACAUCACGUACGUCUCGACGAUCGUCGUCGCGGCGGUCCUCUUUGAGGGCGUGUACGGCUCGACCACGUCGGCGCUCUGGGAGUCGAUGAACCGCGGCCGCCUGUACCACCACAUUGACUGGAGCCAGUUCAAGUCGGACCUCGACGACGAAGAGGAAGCGGAGGACGACGAGGACGACGAGUAAACGCCCGCACCACACAUGUACCAUCCGCCGGUAUGUUUAUGGAAUAGAAAAAGGGUUAUUGUGUAUCCUCUCCGUGCCACCUUGCCUGCCUCUUGGCCGUUGACGACGGUGCUGCGUACAUGGGCGCGCUGCAUGGCCAUCGAAACCAC